AUGCAUCGCGAGGUGUUCAGCUGUUGCCAGCAGCAAGAGAAGCUCUUAGGAAAGAGAGAAAGGGAUGGACGGGGAGAGAAAGGGAUGGACGGGGAGAGAAAGGGAUGGACGGGGAGAGAAAGGGAUGGACGGGGAGAGAAAGGGAUGGACGGGGAGAGAAAGGGAUGGACGGGGAGAGAAAGGGAUGGACGGGGAGAGAAAGGGAUGGACGGGGAGAGAAAGGGAUGGACGGGGAGAGAAAGGGAUGGACGGGGAGGCGGAGGAGGAGGGGGAGGGGGAGGAGGAGGAGGAGGAGGAGGAGGAGGAGGAGGAGGAGGAGGAGGAGGAGGAGGAGGAGGAGGAGGAGGAGGAGGAGGAGGAGGAGGAGGGGGAGGGGGAGCAGUAAGAAGAGGAGGAGAGGGAGAGGCGGGAGGGCAGCAGCGAGCCUCCUUUGGAGCGUUGGAACAUGCGGUGCAGCCAGUAAGUGGGCGUGCCGUAGAGGCGGUGUGA